AUGGUGCACAGCUGCCAAGUCUGCCAAGAGCAUCAGCGCGCCUCACGUCAUCUGGAGAUCACCCCCUUGCCGUUCCCAGAGAGACCCUGGUCCCGCUUGCAUGUGGAUUUUGGGGAACGCCUUCAAGGGCCACUGCUUCCUGAUAGUGGUGGACGCCUUUUCGAAGUGGAUGGAGGUUCUGCCUGUCACCACUCUUUCAGCAGCCGCGACUAUUGCGGUGCUGAGAGAGGUCUUCACUGCCCAGGGUUGCCGGAAGUCAUCGUGUCCGACAAUGGCCCCGCUUUCUCCAUCACACAGCAUCUGGCCUGGCUGACGGAGAACGGAAUCCACCGGAUGAUGGUUCCGCCGUACCACCCUGCUUCAAACGCCGAGCGGGUGGUGCAAACAAUCAAGGACAAGCUCAAGCAGACUGAGGCUGCAGAUUUCCGGACAGAGGUACUGCUUCAGUACCGGACCACGCCCCACGACGUCACUGGCCGUGCCCCCUGGGAGCUCCUGUUGGGCCGGAUGGUCAAGACACCCUUGGAUGUCUUGCAACCGGACCUCCGGUCUACAGCGCUCCUGAAAGAGCUGAAGCAGAAGCUGGCUGCUGACUGA